AAAGCAUUUUUUGACAUAAGAAUUGACGGAGAAUAUAUUGGAAGGAUAGUUUUUGGACUUUUUAACUGGACUUGUCCAAUCACGGUACGAAACUUUGCUGAGCUUUGCGAUUCAACAAAUGGGUACGGAUAUCCAGGAUCACCUUUUCAUAGGACCAUAAAGAACUUCAUGAUUCAAGGUAGGGGUGACAUUGUGAGUGGUGACGGUUAUGGCUUCAAGAGCAUUUACGGAGGAGAGUUUAACGAUGAAAACUUCAUUUUGAAAAACUACGUUGGUAUGCUUGGAAUGGCCAACAGAGGAAAAAAUUCCAACGGCUGUCAAAUAUACAUAAAUACCGUUCCAACACCUUGGUUAGACGACAAGCACGUGGUUUUUGGAAAGGUGCUUGCAGGGUACGACGUUGUGAAACAGAUUGAAAACUAUCCCAGAGAUUCCAAUGACCGGCCACUAAAACCUAUCAUAAUAUCAUACUCUGGCACAAUUCCCGUUCCUGAACCAUAUGAAGUUUCUGUACCUUAG